GAAUUCGCUUCUCUUCUCGUAAUCCAGGUAGUUUAAAACAUCAUAUCGUGCACACAAAAUUAAUCAAAACAAAAUCUAACUAAUACGAUUUUUGUCUCAAAAUUCCUAUGGAAAAGACAGUUUAUCUUGAGAAACGGGGUAUUAACUUCUCCUAGGAAAAUAUUGGUCAAAUAUGGGCUCUGUCUGCUGAUGCCAGUUGUGUGUGCGUCUGGGCCCGUCACUGCUCUCAUGCAGCCUUAGUUGAUUUCGGGCUUUAGGGCCCAUCUCUUUCAAGUUCCAACCAACAAAAGAGAAGUUUCGCUUUUCCAGUUGGAAUUACCCGGCCACCAAAGGAAACUACCCCCACAGCUAGUAAGUCUUUUGGCGCGUGGGCUAGUGUCACCAUGAGACGAGACUUUCCUCCACCCCUUGGAUGCUUGACGCUUCCGAUCAAUAAUACAAUGUCACGUCCAAAAAUUAUAUGGCAUGCUACUUCUCCGAGACCCCACAGUGGCAUCACGGAUGCAAGUAUAGAGGGUGAAUCACUUGAACACGACUACAUACUGAUAGCCAAUCAAUUCGGGGCCUUUUGGGAAACCGCAAACAGCUUAACGCCAAUUGCCUUCCUUUGCCACAGUGCAACGCAAGCAAACAUGUACCAUCAAAAUGGAUGCCUUUGUCGUAUGCACAGCCAAAACCAAACAAAUGAGUACUUGUUAUGAAACCAUGAACUGGAUUGGACUGGACUUCCCUUUAUUAGGAGCCACUCGCACCAGAUAAUAGCACAACGGCUAUAAGGCCGAAAACAGAAACGCACUAAUUGGGGCAGUCGUGGACUGCAUUGCAACCUUCCCUUUUUAUCCAUGCAAAAAUUAAAAGCCGGGACGCGACUUGUAAGCCAUUUUCUCCAACCCUUUUGGUUUUGUGUUGUGUGGCUCUCUUUUCUUAUCCCUCUUAUCACCUGCCUCAACCUAACAUUUUGAUCCCACCUCUAUCUUCUGCUUACACAUAGCAUGCCAUAUGUUCUCCAUUCCUUUCUAUUAGUUUCCAAAAUUACGUGCAGUUUGAAGGCGUUUCCGUGCAAUUCAAAGACCAUGUCGAGUCAAGACAAUGGCUCGCCUGAGUUCCCAACGUGGCCGGAGUUCAAGCUUCCGGACUUGUUGUCCACAGACACCAUUCGACAGGUUCAUGCAACGAUUGAGAAUGAAUGGGAUCCUCUUCAGCGGUCAGCUUGCCAGACGGCAGCUGGGAGAGCCUUGUGGAAUCAUGUCAUUCAUGACCCCCUGGCAGACAUACUUGCGGGAGAGUCCUACCUUAAAAGUCUCCAUGAGAAGAUAAAGAAAGACUGCGUCAACAAGGCGCGAGAAAUCUCUGGUGUCAUUCUUGCAGUUCGAACGCUCUGGUUUGAUUCGAAGCUUGAAGCAGCACUUCAUUCCUUCAACGACGGGGAAGCACAAGUAGUUCUUCUUGGGGCAGGAAUGGAUGCAAGGGCUUACCGAUUGAGUUGCCUGAAGGAAAGCAAUGUGUUUGAAGUUGAUUUUCCUGAUCUCCUGCAAAUAAAGGCCACUCUCCUGCAAGCAGCGAUGGAUUCUACAAACGGUCACCCGUGUCUAAUGAUGACAGCAAAAUCCAUUACAAGAGUGGCGGCUGAUAUCAGAAGCAAUGACUGGCUCGAAAAACUUCAAACAUCAGGGUUUGUGCCAGAGAAGAACACAGUGUGGGUGCUAGAAGGCCUCCUCUACUACCUAACCCAUUCCGAGGCCACGCAGGUACUUGAAACCAUAGCAGGCAAGUGCUUGCUUACUCAGACGGUACUCUUGGCAGAUUUUAUGAACAAACCAUCAAUCAGUCUUUCCAAUUCCAUCUUCCAUUUCUACAGCGAUUGGCCUGAUCAUCUCCUGCCAUCUCUUGGCUUUUCUCAUGUUAAACUAUCACAAAUUGGUGAUCCAGAUGCUCAUUUUGGACUCAUGCACGAUCCCUCAAAUCUGUUCAACAAGCUCCGCAGCUUGCCUAGGUCAGUAUAUACCCACCCAGAUGAUGGAACGCCAUGCUGUCGCUUGUAUUUGGUUGAGGCUUCUGGUUCACCGAAUCAAACUAUUCCAUAGAUAGCCAGCAGAUAUUUACUAAAUAUCUCCAACUAGCUGCUCAGCUUGUCUAGGUCAGUACAUCACGGCCAGGUGAUGGAAAACUUCGCUACCGCUUGGUUUAGCCAUCUGAUUCAACCUAUUAUACCAUUCCACAUGGACCAACAGGUGAUAAUGAUCUGAUCAAAAGUGUCAGCUCAAAACUAAAGCAGCAUAGGAGGAGUAGGCAGCAUCAAUAUUUGUAGUUCUGCGAAGAAAAAUAUAUUCCAUUGGAAUGAGAAACUCAAACGAAUUUGAGAUGUCUGAAAGUUUCCAAGAAGCCAAUACUUAUAUUCAAUUGUUCAA